CUCCUACCAGAUUUGCCCAGCAUACAAUGUCCAAACUGCUACGAUGAAUUUUAUUAUCGUGGUGACUUGGCUAACCACUGUGACUAUUUUGGUCACCACGCAGAGUGUGAAACCUGCCCCAGGGCUUUUUUGACUUGGACGUCCUGCAACCAACAUAUAAAUCAGUUGGGCCAUCGCCAACCGCAAUUCGAAUGUGACACUUGCACUCAAAAAUUUGCAACUGAGUCGUUAGCCGACCAACAUAUGAACUCCUAUGGGCACUGGAAAUACUAUUGUGAGCCCUGUGGUCGCAAGUUCGGCAGCGAGGCGAAUCUACGUGCGCAUAAAAACUCCCGUCUCCACCGUGGCACCGGCAUCAGUUGCCCCUUCUGCAAGGCCAGUUUCGUGACAUUGAGCGGCGUUGCCCACCACGUGGAGACCGGAUCCUGCCCCAACGCCCCAAGUCUGAACCGGGAGUCUCUUUACAAGAUUAUCCGAGAAUCCGACCAACAAGGCUUGAUUACACAGAAGCAAAUCGGAUGGCACGAGGAAGAGCACAUCGAGUAUGCUCCAACCCAACGCGCUUUCAAUGGCAGAAUGUGGGAGUGUUACGUCUGCCACAAAGAAUUCUUCACCUCGCGAGCCUUGACGCAGCAUAUCAAUUCGCCUGUCCAUAAAAGCAAGAUCUAUCACUGCCCCAAUAUGCGAUGCGGCAAGGAGUUUACAGCAUUGGCUGCGUUAUUCAAUCACCUUGAAAGCGAGUCUUGCCACAUGAUGCGUUUUGAGAAUGUGCAAAAGCUACAGGAUACUCUGACUGGUGCGAUGUCGGGCCGCCGGCAGAUUGCUUUCUGA